CCGCAUCUCUAUGGUUCUAAGUGGCUAGACAUGCCCAAUUUGAAUUUUUUAAGGCGGCUCUUGUGGUGACCCGGAAGCGGAAGCUGAAGAAAGUUCUAGUGGGUUGAGGUAUCGGCGGGAGCAGCCGGCUGGCGGGAGGAGCCGUUACACGAACCGGAGUUGCCGAUCAAGCCUGAGCAAGAUGACCACCUCCCAAAAGCACCGGGACUUCGUGGCAGAGCCCAUGGGGGAAAAGCCAGUGGGGAGCCUGGCCGGGAUUGGAGAAGUCCUGGGCAAGAAGCUGGAGGAAAGGGGCUUUGACAAGGCCUACGUGGUCCUUGGCCAGUUUCUGGUGCUAAAGAAAGACGAAGAUCUCUUCCGGGAAUGGCUGAAGGACACAUGUGGUGCCAACGCCAAGCAGUCCCGGGACUGCUUUGGUUGCCUUCGAGAGUGGUGCGACGCCUUCUUGUGAUGCCCUCUGGGGGGCCCCCAAUCCCCAGCUCCCACAUUGAGUCUCCAAAGUUUGCGGCUGAGUGGGGACUCCUCCCACCCUUCACAAAGGAAAAGAUUGCUGUUUCCAUACUCACCUCCAAUGUACUCCAGGGUCUUUUGGGAGUUCUCUCCCGUCACCCUUGUAACUUUUUGGGGACUCUUGCUCUUGCAUGCAUCUCCCUCCUCCUUCCCCUGCCAGUGUCACGUCCACCAUGACCAGCUUUUUUGAGUGAAUCCUGGCCCCUUCCCUCAACCCCACUCCCACCUUUGGUCUGUUUCAAGUGGUUCUUUUUCUGGCAGAGCAGUCACUGUCUUUGUAAAGUUUUUUAGAUCAAUAAAGUCAGUGGCCUUUGUGACUGGGCUUUGUGCGCUGAG